ACCAUAAUGCUUGUUUUCGUUGAACUGAACGAUGCGGAUUUUCAUUAAAUAAAUCAUUUUUAAAUUAUAUGCUUCUUAAAAUUAAAUAAAAAUGGGUACAAAAAUAGACCAGAAAGCGUAUUUGCAAAAGUAUCUCAGCGGACCGUCGGGAGAUAAAAAGAAAAAGAAGAAAAAGGUGGUCAAAGGCAGAGGGUUUAAGAUAAUAGAUGACGAUUUAGAUCUAACGAAACUUAGGCCUUUAGAAGGGGAUGAGUUAGACGUAUUUGACGAGGGAGAAGAUGCGCCACAGAUAGCUGGCAUCAUUGACGACAGGCCUGAGGAGUUGAAGAAACAGGAACAGUUCAAAACAACAACUAAAUGGAAAGUUAUUAAUCAAGAUGACGGUUUCAACAGCAAAUUGCAAAUAGAGGAAAUAAAGAAAGAUGUCAAAGAAGUUGAAAAAGAAAAUGAACUUAUAUUCGGCAAAAUGUAUAGCGAUUCGGAGGACGAGAAGAAAGAUUCAGAUGCGUCACCGCCAAGGAAGCAACACCAUAAAAAGGGUAAUGAUAGUGAUGCUAGUCCGCCAAGAAAGAGACAGCAUGAUUCUGAGGUUUCACCUGCAAGAAAAGGACAAAAACAUAAGGGAAAAAACACAAGUGAUAGUGACGCUUGUCCGCCAAGAAAGAGGCAGCAUGAUUCUGAAGUUUCACCUGCAAGAAAGGGACGAAAACAUAAGGGAAAACCCACAAGUGAUAGUGAUACUAGUCCUCCAAGAAAGAGACAAAAUGACUCUGAGACCUCUAGAAAGAAUAAAGAUGUUGCAUCUAAAAAGAGAAGUGAUAUAAAAAGACAUGAUAAUGAUUCAAAUGCUUCACCAACAAGAGGAAAAAUAAAAGGGAAAGACAAUUCGAAAAGACCUAAUUAUGACAGCGACGUAAGUCCGCCUAGAAGAAGUCGAAAAGAGGACUCCGAUGAAUCACCUCCACGGAAGAGGCAAAAAGAUAAAGGUGCUUCCUCUAAGAGACAUCAUAAUGAUGAGUAUAGGAAAGAUGAUUCUGACGUGUCACCUCCUAGAAAAAAUUAUAAAGAUAAAGCUGUUUCAUCUAAAAAACAUUAUAAAGAUAAUGAUUCUACAAGAAAAAUUCAUAAAGAUUCCCGUAAAAGUCAUUUAAAUGACGAUAAUAGUAAUACUAAAAAUAAUACAGGUUAUGACUCUGACUUAUCACCACCGAGAAGACGUACUGAGAAGGUCAAAGAACGAAAGAGGCCCUCUCGGUGGGGUGAUGCUGAUGAUGUCGAAAUUAAACGUGACUCUGCCAAAUCUAAACAAAGAUCAAGGUCCAAAUCGCCAAAGAAAUCUCAAGGGUAUGACUCUGACCUCUCACCGCCAAGGAAGUCACGAAAAGACUCACCGAAAAGGUCCCAAAAGUCAGAUAAACAGAAACACAGAAGUCAAAAUUCUGACUCAGAUUUGUCGCCUCCUCCAAGGAAUAGAAGAAACAGCAAAGAUAGAAAAAGGAAAUCUGUCUCUUUCUCGCCACCUAGAAAUGAUAAAGACAGAUAUAGGAACAGUGAUAGUCCACCGCCAACCAAUAAGAAAAUGGCUAGGACUCUAGAAGGCAAAAUGGCGGGUUUACAGAACGCGGUGCAGUUGAGAGAGGAGAAUGAACAAUUUAGAAGGAAAGAAGAUGAGGCAUUUAAGAAGAUGACUGAUGAUGUGUCAGGGAGGAACGCGCGAGCCGUUUCGCGGAAAGGCAAACGAGAGACAUCGGAGGAUAGGCAAAAACAGAGGGAGAAAGCGGAGAGGCAGAAAGAGUUGGAUGAGAAAUAUAAGAAAUGGAGCAAAGGUAUAAAACAAGUGGAGGCGCAAGAAGCCCGCGUGCAGGAUUAUCUCCACGAAGCGUCCAAACCUUUGGCUCGCCACAAAGACGACAGGGAUUUGGAAGCGACAUUGAAAGACGUAGAAAGAGACGGCGAUCCCAUGUUGAAGUACAUACGGGAGAAGAAGAGGGAGAGGGGAGAGUUGGGACCAGAAAAACCGACAUACAAAGGUAGUUUCCCGCCGAACCGUUUCAACAUCCGGCCCGGAUACCGUUGGGACGGCGUCGACCGUUCCAACGGUUACGAGAAGAAAUACUUUGAAACACAGAGCAAGAAGAAGGCUCAAGCGGAAGAGGCGUAUAAAUGGAGCACUGAAGACCUGUGAUCAUGUUUUGUGGUACCUUGUGGUGUAGUGGUUUGAUUAUGAUCGUCUGCGCCCGUAGCGUCGCAAGCGCGAUGCCGUUUUUAUCGCGCGAUUAAACUAUCGCUGUCCUUGUUUCACGUCAUAAUGGAAAGCGGAACAUACACAUACAUACAUACAUAGGGUCACGUCUUUAUCCCUUGCGGGAUAGACAGAGCCAACAGUCUAGAAAAGACUGAAUGGCCACGUUCACCUAUUUGGCUUAACGAUAGAAUUGAGAUUCAACUAGUGACAGGUUGCUAGCCCUUCGCCUUAAAAAGAAUCCCAAGUUUGUAAGCCUAUCCCUUAGUCGUCUUUUACCACAUCCAUGGGAAAGAGAUGGAGUGGUCCUAUUCUUUUUUGUAUUGGUGCCGGGAACCACACGGCAAGCGGAACAGCGAUAGAUUUGACGGUGACUGGGGUUCGAUCCACGGUAAGGUCGGGGAAGGAUCGUUUUCAGAUUGUGCUGGUUCUUUGAUGUUUGUGUAAAGUCCAUUUCUCUAAUUAAAAAAAAUAAAUAAUUUUGGUGCAUCUUUUAGUUGAUAAAUAAAUUUUUGAAUUUUAUUAUAGUAAAUAGCAAAAGUUAUGUCUGUUAUUUCAUUUUGCUUUUAUUUUCAUAAUUAUAAAUUAAUUUAAAAAUGUUAUUUAGUGACUAAAGAAAUGGACUGUACAUCAUAUACAAUCAUGUCUUCAUUCCUUACGUAGACAUAAUACGUGCGUUACGUUGAUAUAGACAUAGAGUAGAUAAAGCUUUUUUUUCAAGACUGAAAGGCCACGUUCAGCUGUAUGGCUUAAUGACAGAAUUGAGAUUCAAAUAGUGACAGGUUGCUUGCCCAUCGCCUAAAAGAAGACUCCCAAGUUUCAGCCAUUCCCUUGAUUGACUUUUAAAAUCCGCACGGGAAGAGAAACAGAUGGCAGACGCUAUGUUUAUUCUUCUGCGGCUGAAUGUUUAGUGUUUAAAACAAAUAUAACAACUGUAGUAUGACUCAUUCAUUGCAUAAUAAAUCAUUCAUUCAUUCAUUCAUUCGUUACCAGACCAGCAUGGAAGCUUAUCAUCGUAUUGGGUUCGAUUCUCGGUCAAGGUUGAGGAGGAAAUAUAUAUUCUUAAGAUUGAACUGAGUCUUCGAUUUUUAUUUAAGAAACUUAUUAGACUUUUGUCUGUGAUUUUGUUCCAAUGGAAAUUUCUAGGAACAAAAAUAAACAACUGAAUAACUUUAUGUACCUAACUUAACGUUUACUAUAAAAUAGUCUGAACUAUCCUUAAUAUCUCUGUUAUAACUUUGCUCUUUUAUAAAUAAAAAUAUUCUUUGUAUAUUAAAUGUAGUUUUGAGGUAAUAUAUGUAAUUGUAAAAUGUUGACUUUUAUAAACCCUAUAUUAAUAUUAAAUUCAUUCGGAUAGUCUUAUAAAGUUACAAAGAUAUGAAUGAACGAACAAUUACUUUUUAGCACACUUUUCCCCGAAGCUUAGAUGGUAUGGAUAUUAAAUUAGUGAAUUAUGUAUUUAAAACUAUUCAAUAUGGUUACAUCAAUUUGUCAAGCGAAAUUAAAAACGUUGUACAGUGGGCUACAUAGAAAAGAAUACUAGCUUCGUAAUCUAGAUGUAGGUAUAGACGCAAAGGUGGUAUAAUUUUCUAUGUGGAUCACUUUCCUUUUCUAGAAUAGAAUAGAUUUAUUUUCAAAAUUGGAUACAAGGUAUCACUUAUUGACGUCACAUCACUUAAAUCUAAUUAUAACUACUACCGCUUCCAAAGCGCACGUGUAGAAGAAGCGGCGGUUUCUGUAGGUACCUUUAUGAAUAAGUAAAUAUGUCUACUAAUACAUAAUAAAUGUUUGCAACAUUCGAAAAGGUAAAUAUGAAGAUCUGGUAUAUAAAUUGAACACCUUGUUGGACUCAUGUCAUGCAAAUUAAAAUUAUAUACAGUCAUACGCCACAAUGUUUAUUUUUCUGUGUAUAUAGAUAUUGAGAUUUCUACGGAAUCAUGUUGUGAGUAAAAUAAAUGUAUUUAAAUUCU